AUGGACAUCGGUCCAGAAAACAAUAAAGAACCACUACUUAUCUAUGUCAGUCGAAACAUAGCAGAAGAUAACAAGUUGCCUUAUAUGACACUAAAAACCCCACAAGGAAACACACUAUUAGCCUUGGUGGAUUGCGGAGCGUCUACUUCAAUUCUAUCGACUCAAACAGCAGUCAAACUCAAACUGCGGAUGACAAAUCAACGUAACAUCGCGUUCGCAGGAUUCAAUUCAGAAAGUAGGCCGGAUAAGAGCAAUUACUUCGACUUGGAAGUAGUGGAUCUAAACGAAAACUACUGGAUAGCAAAUAUGCCCAGCUAUGAUAGAAUGAACAUUCGGUUCACAUCGCCGAAGUUAACUUCUCAGGAAGUGGAAGAUCUUAAAAACCUUGAAAUCGACAUGGCACCAAUCAGAAAAUUGUCAAAAUACAAUGGUAUGCCAAUAGAUCUUCUUCUCGGGAACAAUGUGCUCGGCAACAUAAACCAAGAAUUGACCACACUCUCGAGCGGUCGAAUGGUGACUCGCACCAUACUAGGUCCAAUCAUCUUUCCGCCAAAGGACAAGAACGCCUUGGUACCAAGCCAGAACAUAUAUUCUAUCUUGGUUAUAGACGAUAGCGAACAUAUCGAUGUUUUCAUGGUGGAUACCCAGAGCCUCGACAUGCCUCAACAAAAACGCGUCAACAUCUCCAAUCAACAGCUGGCCAAACAAGUUGAACAACACUGGAAUCUGGAGCUACUGGGCAUGGAACCACCUGAAAUCGUCAGCAGUAAAGCUCGCAUAAACGAAGAGCUUAUAAAUAAAUACAAGCAUACAUCUAUUCGAGAUGAAUUAAAACUGUUACAAGUACUACUACCAUUCAAUGGGAGAGAACAUCUACUAAGUAAUAAUCUACCAGUAGCAACACGACGACUAGUGAUACUUACGAAGGGACAAAGACGUGAACGACGUCUAAAUUAUCACGCGAUUAUCCAACUACAAUUAGAGUCUGGGAUCAUCGAGCUGGUAACACCUGACAUGGUACCAGAUGGUCCUGUAUACUAUUUUCCGCAUCGCGACGUCAUAAAAGAGGACUCCAACAACACAAAGACGAGAAUAGUAUUAACCGCAUCAUCGCAUGAAAAAGGGAAAUUGUCCCUCAACGAUUGUCUACACCCAGGCCCCUCUAUUCUGCAAAAAAUAAUGGGCAUUUUAAUCAGAAGUCGUCUGAGUAAAUAUCUUAUGAUCUCGGAUAUCGAAAAGGCAUUUCAUCAAGUACGCCUACAAAAACAAUGCAGAGAUGUCACACGCUUCCUUUGGUUGAAGGAUCCCGAGCUAGACGCAACCCCGGAUAAUAUAGUGACAUAUCGGUUCACACGUCUCCCCUUCGGAGUAACCAGCUCACCAUUCUUGCUGGCAAUGACAAUCUUACAAUACCUGGAAUUCGAUCCAGAUCCUAUCAACGCAAGAAUAAUCGAAAACUUGUACGUUGACAACGUGCUACUCACAACUAACGAUCCAGUCGAGCUAGCAUCGUUGUACACGAAACUGAAGGAGGUGUUCCAAAAAAUGCACAUGAAUCUUCGAGAAUUUCUGUGCAACAACUCUGAAGUGAUGAAACUCAUAAAACCCGAAGACCAAGCCCCAAAGAUGACAAACAAGCUCCUGGGACAUUUAUGGGAUAGCGAAAAAGAUAACAUCACUAUCAAGAUAGCCACACCACCAGCUGGAACACCCACAAAACGCGAAGUCGUCGCAUUUCUAGCCAUGAACUAUGACCCAACCGGUCUUAUAGCGCCUAUCGUGGUGCCAAUCAAAAAGUUCAUCACACUUUUGUGGAAUCCAGACCUGAAAUGGGGAGAUCGCAUCCCUGACAUACUCAUGCCAAUGUGGACCGCCAUAACUAAGGUAUUCACCGUUAAUACAUACACAAUUCCACGCCAACUGGUCACAACAUACGACUACACACACGUCGACUUGGUCGUCUUCUCAGAUGCCUCUCAAGACCACUAUGCAGCAGCAGCAUACUUGCGAUACGAUUACCAAGGAAAGCAUUACCAGUCACAACUGAUUUUCUCGAAAUCAAGGAUCAAACCAGGUCGCAAUGGAAUUACGAUCCCACAACUAGAAUUGCUAGCCCUGCAGACAGGCACGAAUGUUGCCCUCAAUCUAAUCGAAGAACUACAUAUGCCGAUUAGAAAAGUAACAUUCUUUUCCGACAGUACCUGUGUGCUACAUUGGGUCCUACAAAAAAUAGGAAAUCAUAUCGGAUUAAAAUGGGCGGCCAAUCGGGUCACCGAAACUAGAAACAAUCUGAAAAAGUUAUCCGAACUUAAUCUCCAUCCAGAACUAAGAUAUGUGCCAACAAAUAUCAACCCUGCUGACAUCGCUACCAGAGGAUGCUCGGUCACAGAACUUCAGAACAACGAACUGUGGCACAAAGGUCCAGCCUUCCUUCAGCGACAAGUAGAAGAUUGGCCUCAAACACUGGAGACAACACCGAGUGAUCCUCAACAGUUUCACGUUUUCGUGAUGAGGGAUCGAGAAAAAGUUCUAUCUAGAGAACAUCACGUUCAACCGGAACCAUCAAUACCGGAAUCUGACAUACUCGUGAACGUCUUGGAAUCUGAUAAAAACGAAUUCCACUCAAUUGUUCCCUACUCGAGGACUAACAAUAUGAGGAAGCUGAUUACAAUAAGUAACUAUGUACUCAGUUUCAUACACUCAUGCAUCAAGAAACGGAACAAACGGUUCCCUGGUAGAUCAUACAAAUACCAAUCGUCAACUAUGCAGCAAUACGAGCAAGCGGAUAAAGAUGAGGACGAGAUCGAAAAACGUAAAAUCACCAGAACCUUCAUCAUUUCGGACCAUUAUCGGGAUGCCAAAGAACGAUUUCGAUUGGAUCCACCUGCAAAAUUCAACCCCGUGUUAUCAGAAGACGGAUUGUAUCGACAUACCAGACCAUUUGUCAACUCGAGACAUCACAGGCAUUCAGAUGAAAUGAAAGAACCUAUCAUCAUCAUCCAUAAGCAUCCAUUAGCUAGCCUACUUAUAAUGGAAUCUCACAUAAGCCUGCUACAUCAAGGCAUAAAAGACGUCAUCUCGGACAUACAAAGAAAAUAUUGGAUAGAGAAAAUAGGAACACUCGUAAGAAAAAUGAGAAGAGAAUGUGUCACCUGUCAAAAAAUGCAUGCUCGACCAUUCGCCUAUCCUUAUGCAACAGCUCUUCCUCAAAUUCGAAGUCAACUCGUGGCUCCAUUUGCAUUCGUGGGACUAGACUAUUUUGGCCCCCUCAGAUACAAAACAAAAGAAGAUAACGGAAAAAUCUGGGUCUUGUUAGUCACAUGUCUCGUAACACGUGCAGUACACCUGGAAAUCGUCCAGGACAAUACAACUCAUAGUUUCAUACUAGCCCUGAAGCGAUACUUUGGUCGCAGAGGAGUACCACAAUCCAUAUUGUCUGACAAUGCUCCUGCAUUCAAGUUAGGGUACAAUAUUAUGAACACGGAUAUAAAGAGUCUAAUAAAUACGAGUAUGACUCUGACGUCAUUCCUAGCAGACAAAGAAAUUGACAUUCGGUUGAUAACACCAUUCUCUCCAUGGAAAGGAGGGAUAUACGAGCGUCUUGUCGCUCUAGUCAAGAAUAUGCUCCACAAAGUUCUUGGUAAAAUAACAAUUCCAUUCCUGGAACUUGAAAGUCUGAUAAUCGAAUCAGAAGGAAUUCUUAACUCUCGCCCAAUCACUGCAAACAAGAUCCACGUAGCAGAUGCUAAACCAAUUCGACCUGUGGACUAUUUGAUACCAAAUGCAGCAUUGGCACUACCAGAAAAAUCAGGAACAAUCUUUGGAUUGAUCAAAUCUGGCGAAACCGAGAUGUUAACAAGGAGAUUGCUCGAAUCUACCGCGGCUGUCCGAGAGAAUUUAUGGAAUGUCUUCUCGGAUGAAUACUACGCACUGCUGAGAGAAUCGGCCGCACGCCCAACAGCUCACUCGAGAGACUCACCCAAACCAGGAACGACCGUAUUCGUGGUCACAGACAAAGUCGCCCGUUACAGAUGGCCCAUCGGAGUCAUUCAAAAACUAAUUCCUUCAAAAGACGGAAAAAUACGGUCCGUUGAAGUAAAAAUUGGAAAAAGGAUCUUGGAAAAGUCAGUCAAUCACCUCAUCCCAUUGGAGUUGCCACCAGAGGAUCAGAAGAGUCCAGCCUCGGAGGCAGCGCCACAAGAUACAAUCCCAAAUGUUGAUUCUAAAAGGGACGAGCCUACAGCAAAUCCGACACCUCCACAAGCGUCCGAAGUACAAUCGGGACGUACUCGUCCGUAUCUUCACCGAAAAGCAAAAGGAAACAAUACGACGGAUGGUCGUAACAACGCACUCAAAUCGUCGAGUGCAGACUCAACCACCUCUGAUUAG